AUGCUUCCUCCCGGCUUCGUACCUGACAAGAGUGUCAUCGUGGGUUCAUCAGAGUCUCAGAAUAAAGGAGGAGGCAGUGACGAUGAUGAGGAUUUUGUCGAUUAUAAUAGUGAUGGUAUUCCUAUUGUCAACCUUAUUCCAACAGCAUGUGAAGCGAAGCUAGUCCAUAGUGGGAAGCCAGUGUCAGCUCUACGAUUUGAACCUAAUGGUAUACGCUUUGCCUCAGGCGGUGUUGACUUUCAAGUAAAGGUGUUCGACUUUCAAAAAAUGGACAUGAGUUUACGUUCUGAUAAGGACCUCAUGCCUUGUGAAAGCCACAUUAUCAACGACAUCGCCUUCAGCGCAAACGGCGAGUCGAUGCUAGUUUGUAGCAGCAAAGCGCAAGUGCAUCUUAUUGAUAGAAGUGGUAAACAAUGGGCUGAGACAGUGAACACUUGCUACCUUGUGCGAAAUGCACACAAAGGUCCAAUCACCUCUAUUGCGUUUGCACCAGAUUCUCAGAAAGUGCUCACGAGGGGGUUGGAUGACGCCAUGAGGAUGUGGUCCAUCAAAGACAACAAGAAGCCUAUUCUUGAACUGACUGAUUUGGAAAAUGCAUUCAGAAGCACCGAUUGCGGUUUUUCUCCUCGUGGGGAACUGGUGUACACUGGCACGUCGUCGCCUGGCGAAGAUAUGCCUGGCAAACUGCUUUUCUACACCGCGGAUACUUUCGACCUUGUGUACAAGAUAGAGUAUCCUGGAAUUAGCUGCACGAAAAUUGAUUGGCAUCCUAAAUUAAACCAGAUUUUGGUGGGUCUCAGCGAUGGAACGAUAAGGAUAUACUAUGACCAGAAAUUAUCCGCUCGAGGGGUUAUGGGAUGUAUCACUAGACCAGUUCGAAGAAAUCGCACGAGCGAGUUCGUUCGUGAGGAGAUGAUACUAUCGCCGCUUACUUUGGAGAUGUUCCAACCACGUGGAGAAGAGGGUGAGGAAAAAGAGGUAACAGGCUUCCGACUGAAGAAGUAUCUACGUAUGCGAGACAAUCAGCAACGUCCACAAUUCCGCAAGCCAGCAGAUGUUCCUAUUGGAAGAAGUGCCAAUGGAAGAGUUGUUGCAAGUGGCGGCAGUUUGCAUUCGUAUGUGGCUCAGCAAAUGGGAACAAUGAAAAAUAAAACGUUCUUGGAGGAUACUGAUGUGAGGACAAGCAUUCUACGUCAUGCAGAAGAGGCUGCUAGGAACCCUAUAGCUACGAUAGGUUUGGCUUACCCUAAACACAACGAAGCAUAUUUUCAAGAAAAGGACUACUGGCGCAAGGGAACAUGA